AUGACUGCAAGAUCAAGUCUUACCUUGGAUAGUGACAGUGAAUUGCAACAGCAGCUGCAUCAGCUCUCACAAUGGGAGUUCCAACUAGAGCACCAGGAGUGUAGAGAGGGCUGGGUACCUGUAGCUGAAAAGGUACUGCUGGCUGUUGGGGCUCUUCUGGCAUGUGGGGAAACUGCCAGGUCAAAGGUGCAACAGGAGCCUGCAUUAGCUGCUUGGACUGAGUACUGGCAGGAUCUAGCAUACCAGGUGGAAAUCCCGGUUUUUGAGGCUGAAAAGAACCUGCUCCUUGAGGCCUUUGAAGAGCUUGCUGAGGUACCAAAACUGGUGGCUGUUGCUGGAAUUGUGAUGGUUUCUGAGGUACCAAAACUGGUGGCUGUUGCUGGAAUCGUGAUGGUUUCUGAGGUACCAAAACUGGUGGCUGUUGCUGGAAUCGUGAUGGUUUCUGAGGUACCAAAACUGGUGGCUGUUGCUGGAAUCGUGAUGGUUUCUGAGGUACCAAAACUGGUGGCUGCUGCUGGAAUCGUAUUGGAUUCUGAGCUUGGUGAGGUGACAGAACUGGUGGCUGUUUCUGGAAGCUUAAUGGAUUCUGGGGUCGCUGAGGUCCCAAAACUGAUGGCUGUUGCUGGAAGCUUAAUGGAUCCUGGCCUUGCUGAAAUUCUGACCACUGUUCCACUGACAAACUAACUGCCAAAAGCAGCAGAAAUCCAAUGCUAUUGAAAUAUACCAAACCCAUUGUCAUAAAACUCUGAGUACCUCAGA